CUUUUAUCAUAAAUAUGUUAGUUGUAUGGUCAAGUUGAGAAUAAUUAAUUUAGCAUUUAGCAAACGUGUUGGGUUUAAUUACUAUGGUUGCUGAUGAAGUCGCUUUGACUUCUGAGAUUUUUAGAAAGUCUGAACAUCAGAUCUUAUGGCAAGAGGAGUAGAAGAAGAGGUGGCAUGGAGAUAUUUUUGCAGAGAUGUUGUGCCAUUCACUGCAAUGGUGGCUGUGGAGUGUGUCACGGUUGGAGCCAACACACUGUUCAAGGCUGCGACCAUGAGAGGAUUGAGCUUCUAUGUCUUUGUCUUUUACAAUUAUGUCAUUGCUACACUUGUCCUUCUUCCACUUUCCCUCCUCUUUAGAAGGUCAAGAAGAUUACCUUCAGCCAAAUCUUCUGUCUUCUUCAAGAUUUUCUUACUUGCACUUGUCGGGUUCAUGUCGGUGGUAGCUGGCUGCAAAGGACUAGAAUAUAGUUCCCCGACGCUUGCCUCUGCUAUCAGUAACCUCACGCCAGCUUUUACCUUCACUCUUGCUAUCAUCUUCAGGAUGGAACAAGUCGUGUUAAGAAGCUCUGCGACUCAGGCUAAAAUCAUUGGCACGAUAGUAUCUAUGUCUGGUGCUUUGGUUGUUGUUCUUUAUAAAGGCCCCAAAAUUCUAGCUUCAUCAACAACCGUCUCGCAUGACCAGCAUUUGACUAUAUCUGAGUCAAGUUGGAUCAUUGGAGGUCUAUUAAUCGCUGCACAAUAUUUGCUUGUUUCAAUCUGGUUGAUUCUUCAGACUCGGAUCAUGGAGGUAUACCCUGAAGAAAUAAAUGUAGUCUUCUUAUACAAUUUAUGCGCAACAUUAAUCUCAGCACCUGUGUGUCUAUUUGCUACAAAAGACUUGAGUUCUUUUCUGCUUAAACCGGGUCUCCCCCUCGCUUCAGUCAUGUUCUCGGGAGGCUUAGUUUCAUCUUCAGUUAUACACACUUGGGGUCUUCAUCUGAAAGGUCCAGUCUAUAUAUCCUUGUUCAAGCCUUUGUCUAUUGUCAUUGCAGUCGCUAUGGGUUCUAUCUUUCUCGGUGAUGCACUUUACUUAGGGAGUGUCGUUGGAUCAGUGAUUUUGAGCUUAGGCUUCUACACUGUGAUUUGGGGUAAAUCAAGAGAGGAUUCAACCAGAACUGUUGCUGGUUCUGAGCAGUCACCUUUGUUGCUUACCCACACCAUUAUGAUAUGACUGACGCAAGUGGCUGAACUCUCUUCAAAUUUUUCUUACUUGGGCUUAUUGUGUAAUAUCAUCCUUGGUGCUCCAAGAUUUAUGGGAACUUCUAACCUAUGUUUUCUUGUUUAUAAACUUGAGGGCAACAUGUUCAUGUCGCUGAUAUGGAAAUUUUGGGUCGAUUUGGUUUAA